AUGACUUACGCUCUAUCCCAACAACACAAAGAAAUGGUCACUGGCCAUCUAAAGGAAACUGAUCCUCAAUUAGAAAACUUAAUUGAAUCAGAAAUCGACAGACAAAGACAUUCUGUUGAUUUAAUUGCUUCUGAAAAUUUCACCUCUACCGCUGUAUUCGAUGCAUUAGGAACUCCUUUAUGUAACAAGUACUCUGAAGGUUAUCCAGGGGCUCGUUACUAUGGUGGUAAUGAAUUCAUUGAUCAAAUUGAAACUCUAUGUCAAGAUAGAGCUUUAGAAGCCUUCCAUGUCACUCCAGAUAAAUGGGGUGUCAAUGUACAAACUUUAUCUGGUUCUCCAGCUAAUUUACAAGUUUAUCAAGCUGUUAUGAAGCCUCAUGAAAGAUUAAUGGGUUUAUAUUUACCAGAUGGUGGUCAUUUAUCUCAUGGUUACGCUACUGAAAAUAGAAAAAUCUCUGCUGUUUCUACUUAUUUUGAAUCCUUCCCAUAUAGAGUUGAUCCAGAAACUGGUAUUAUCGAUUAUGAUACUCUUGAAAAAAAUGCUAUCUUAUAUAGACCAAAGGUUUUAGUCGCUGGUACUUCUGCUUACUGUCGUUUAAUUGAUUACAAGAGAAUGAAAGAAAUUGCUCAAAAGUGUGGUGCUUAUUUAAUGGUUGAUAUGGCUCAUAUCUCUGGUUUAGUCGCUGCUGGUGUUAUUCCAUCUCCUUUCGAAUACGCUGAUAUUGUUACUACUACUACUCACAAGUCUCUAAGAGGUCCAAGAGGUGCUAUGAUCUUCUUCAGAAGAGGCGUUAGAUCCAUCAACCAAAAGACUGGUAAGGAAGUUCUAUAUGAUCUAGAGAACCCAAUUAACUUCUCUGUCUUCCCAGGUCACCAAGGUGGUCCACAUAACCAUACUAUUGCUGCUUUAGCUACCGCUUUGAAACAAGCCGCUACUCCAGAAUUUAAAGAAUAUCAAUUACAAGUAUUGAAGAACGCAAAGGCUCUAGAAGAAGAAUUUAAGAACUUGAAGUAUAGAUUAGUCUCUAAUGGUACUGAUUCUCAUAUGGUUCUUGUCUCUCUAAGAGAAAAGGGUGUCGAUGGUGCUCGUGUUGAAUACGUUUGUGAAAAGAUUAAUAUUGCUUUAAACAAAAACUCUAUCCCAGGUGAUAAAUCCGCUUUAGUUCCAGGUGGUGUUCGUAUUGGUGCUCCAGCCAUGACUACUAGAGGUAUGAGUGAACAAGAUUUCCACAAGAUUGUUCAAUAUAUUGACAAGGUUGUUAAUAUUGCUGAAACUACCCAGCAUGGUCUACCAAAAGAAGCAAACAGAUUAAAGGAUUUCAAGGCUGCUAUUGAUGCUAACCCAGAUCUAUGGACUGGUCUAAAGCAAGAAAUUUACAACUGGGCUGGUGAAUAUCCUCUAGCUGUGUAA